UAAGAGUCUCCUACCACCUGCUUGUACUAUAAUGGAGCUAAUUCCUUUAAGGAAGUCUUUAAGCAUACCUGACGCAUCUUAUCGUUACACCAUGCAGAGUAGUUACGCUAUGGAACACAAUAAUGAUUCAGCAAUCACCACAGUGUCUAAUCAGCAUGAACAGAAAGGAGAAAAUAACCUUAGUGCAACGGAAAGCACCUCUUUAACACCCAACAGUAACCAAGCAUAUUUUGCUGAUGAGAAGAUUCAUAUACCAGAGACAGACAAUGGUCUUUUCAGUAUAAGAAAAUUAUGGGCCUUCACAGGUCCUGGAUUCUUAAUGUCCAUAGCUUAUUUAGAUCCGGGAAAUAUAGAGUCUGAUUUACAGUCUGGAGUAGCUGCCAAAUAUAAGUUAUUAUGGGUACUGUUAAGUGCUACAAUUUUAGGUCUUAUUAUGCAAAGGCUAAGCGCAAGGCUUGGUGUAGUUACAGGAUUACAUUUAGCAGAAAUGUGUUACAGGCAAUACAAGAAAGUGCCUAGAUUAAUUUUGUGGGUAAUGAUGGAAAUAGCUAUAAUUGGUAGCGACAUGCAAGAAGUAAUAGGAACGGCCAUUGCUCUUUCUCUGUUAACAAAUAAAGCGAUACCUAUAUGGGGUGGUGUACUUAUCACUGUAAUCGACACUUUUACAUUUUUAUUAUUAGAUAAAUAUGGUUUAAGAAAAUUGGAACUCUUGUUCGGACUUCUCAUCAUGGUAAUGGCUGUUACUUUUGGUUACGAGUACGUUCUAUCUGCUCCUCCGCAAGGUGAAGUAAUAGAAGGCAUGUUUGUGCCUUGGUACAAGGACUACGAUCGGAAUAUGUUACUGCAAGCUGUGGGAAUUGUUGGUGCAGUCAUAAUGCCGCACAACUUAUAUCUCCAUAGUGCCCUUGUUAAAUCGAGAGAUAUCGAUCGUAGGGAACCCAAAAAAGUAAAAGAAGCAAAUAUGUAUUACUUUAUCGAAGCGUGCAUCGCAUUGCUGGUUUCUUUUAUCAUAAACGUAUUUGUCGUAGCAGUUUUUGCGGAUGGUCUAUAUAAAAAAACCAAUUUAGACAUAUAUCAGGUGUGCGAGGCUAAUAAUUACACUAUAGGAAUGGAAACAUUUCCGAAAGAUAAUACAACAAUUUCGGUAGAUCUUAAUAAAGGUGGCAUAUUUCUCGGUUGCGCGUUUGGUGCAGCAGCAAUGUACAUUUGGGCUGUAGGUAUUUUCGCCGCUGGUCAGUCUUCGACAAUGACAGGCACAUACGCGGGACAAUUUGCGAUGGAGGGUUUCUUGAAUCUCCAAUGGGCUCGAUGGAAGAGAGUCCUUUUCACCCGAAUGAUCGCCAUUGUUCCUACUUUUUUCGUAGCCUUUUUCAGCGACAUAAACAACUUGACUGGAAUGAACGACAUCUUGAACGCUAUUAUGACGCUUCAGUUACCUUUUGCAACCUUGCCAACGAUAGCGUUCACGAGUAGUUCUCACAUAAUGGGCGAAUUCCGGAAUGGAUUGGCAAAUAAAAUUAUUGCGACAGCAUUGUCUGUGCUAGUAAUAACUAUAAAUAUAUAUUUUGUAAUAAAUACAGUUGAAGAGGAUUUACCGCAUCACUGGGCAGUGAUACUUGCAAUUGCAAUAUAUUCCAUUUUAUACCUCCUAUUUUGUCUUUAUUUAACAAUUCAUAUGGCUAUCAGUAUGGGUGCAACUUCUUUUGCUGACCAUUGGUUUGUAAAAAAGUAUAUCGGUAGUCCUGUAAGUACAACACUAGGAUUAUCAAACCCUACAAUAUAUGCAAGAUCAAAUCCGGCAUUUAAUAUCCAAGAGAACUGGACUGGCAGUUUUAACACAAUUCCAGAUUAUUGAUGAUGACUAAUCGAUACCAAAUGUACAUAAAAAGAAAACAUCACAGAUAGUGUAUAAUACUCACGAAUCAUAUUUUUUUACGAACUUUAACGUUGUACAGAAUAUAAAGCAUUCGUAUGAUAGUCUUGUACUUAAAGCUCAUUGGACAUCAUAAUUUUAAUACCGACAUAUCAUGCCAAUUCUACAAUACAGACAAGAUAAGUGAGCUUGUAUAUAUUUAAUUGUAAAAUAAAAUAAUGUUACACGUUUCAA